AUGAUCCAGUUGAAUGACACCACUGGGAGCCAGGUGACUGAAUUCAUUCUUAUGGGCAUCACAAACAGUCCUGAGCUUCAGGGCCCUCUUUUUGUUAUAUUUUUCCUCAAUUAUAUGACCACAGUUGUGGGGAACCUGGGAUUGAUCAUCUUAACCAGUGUUGAUUCCCACCUACAAACCCCAAUGUAUUUUUUUCUUAGGCAUCUAGCAUUUGUUGAUAUUGGUUAUUCCACAGCUGUUGGUCCCAAAACACUGAUGAGUUUCAUUGUUGAGAAAAACACUAUUUCCUUCCAUGGUUGUGCAGCACAGCUACUUUUCUUUGGAACGUUUGUUGCCAGUGAACUUUUCAUCCUAUCGGCCAUGGCCUAUGACCGCUAUGUGGCUAUCUGUAAGCCCCUCCUCUACAUGGUUAUCAUGUCAAACAGGGUGUGUUGGAUCUUGGUUGCAAUAUCUUACAUCUAUAGCAUUACUGUAUGCCUAUUGGCCACAAUUAAAAUUUUUCAUUUGUCCUUCUGUAAAUCAAAUAUAUUAAGACAUUUCUUCUGUGACUCUCUUCCUUUAUUAUCCAUUAUAUGUUCAAACACAAAUGAGAUUGAAUUAAUCAUUUUGAUCCUUUCUGCAAUAAAUUUGGUUUCUUCCCUCUUGAUUAUCCUUACCUCCUACAUGUUCAUCAUUGUAGCCAUUCUGAGGAUAAACUCUUCAGAAGGCAGACAUAAAGCCUUCUCCACCUGUGGGUCUCAUCUCACAGGAGUUGCUAUUUUCUAUGGCACACUUCUAUUCAUGUACCUGCAGCCCCAUUCUAGCCAUUCCUUUGAUACAGAUAAGAUGGCCUCUGUGUUUUACACCCUGGUCAUUCCAAUGCUGAAUCCACUGAUCUAUAGUUUUAGGAACAAAGAAGUAAAAGAUGCAUUGAAAAGAGUUUUUAAGAAGUGA